AAUACCGGAGCAGAGCAAGGAAAAGAAGGAAAAGAGGCCUCCAUCGUCAGGCACUGAAACCGCCAGUGGGACUGGGGCGACAAAGGCAAGGGAAGAGGACAUCCCGGUCCCGCAGGAGUCUCCUUUCAGGGCAGAAAGGAGGAGACGCGCCGAGAAGGUCACAGCCAUGCAAACACCCCGAAGGAAAGCUGGCACAGCGGCUCAGCAUUAGCCAGGCUUCUUCAUUCCCCGUGAGCUUGAUUGGCCAACGGCUCCUUUCAACCCUGCCUCGUUGGUGGCCACUGGAGAAGCGCGGGGGGCUCCCCAGACAGCCGUGGGGACAAGUUAGAGCCAGCACUUGACCCCGGGCCUCGCGUGUAGCUUCCCUUCCCCUGCUCUAGGUGCCCCGGUGUCUGGAGGGGGGUGCGGGUGCGGGGGUGUGCCCUCCGGUACCCGUCCCAGCACCCGGGCAACCCUCUGGGCUUGUGUUCCAUCUCACUCUUGCAUCCUGCACGGUGGUCGAGGGGAACCACUUGGCAUCAUGUCCCGGUAUAGCUACCAAAGUCUCCUGGACUGGCUCUAUGGGGGCGUGGACCCCAGCUUUGCAGGCAAUGGGGGCCCCGACUGUGCUGCCUUCCUCUCUUGGCAGCAGCGGCUGCUGGAAAGUGUGGUGGUCCUGACCCUGGCCCUGUUGGAGAUCCUGGUGGCCCUGCGGCACAUCCUGAGGCAGACGAAGGAGGACGGUAGGGGUGGCCGUGGCUGCCAGCCAGAGCAGGUGACCCAGCGGCCAGAGGAAGGCAAGGAGAGCCUGAGCAAGAAUCUGCUCUUAGUAGCCCUGUGCCUGACCUUCGGGGUGGAGGUGGGCUUUAAGUUCGCCACCAAGACCGUCAUCUACCUGCUCAACCCUUGUCACCUGGUCACCAUGAUGCAUAUCUUUCUCUUGGCCUGCCCUCCGUGUCCUGGAGCUAUCGUCGUGUUCAAGCUCCAGAUGCACAUGUUGAAUGGAGCGCUUCUGGCCCUGCUGUUUCCUGUGGUAAAUACCCGGCUGCUCCCCUUUGAAUUGGAGAUUUACUACAUUCAGCAUGUUAUGCUCUACGUGGUGCCCAUCUACCUGCUUUGGAAAGGAGACUAUAGGGUCCAGUUCAUUUGGUCGAAUGCCUGGAUGGAAGGGAAACCGGACUUGGGCCUGUGCUCAGUGGCUGAGAAUAGGAAUCCCAUAUCCAUGGCCAUCGUGGGAUCAUGCCACCCAGGGCUGUAUCUCCUGGGCAGUGAAGGCUUGCAGAAGCUGGAAAUCAAGGCGUCUCAUUUAGAGAGGGCCCAAAGGUGCUUACACCCCAGAGCCCCUCAGCAGUUUCCGGUGGGCCCUUCUCUCAACUGGCCUCAUGUUCUUUUACCACUUCAGCGUCUUGCAGAUCCUGGGCCUGGUCACCGAAGUGAAUUUGAACAACAUGCUGUGUCCGGCCAUCUCAGACCCAUUCUACGGCCCCUGGUAUCGCAUCUGGGCCUCGGGACACCAGACUCUCAUGACCAUGACCCACGGGAAGCUGGUCAUCCUGUUCUCAUACAUGGCUGGGCCCUUGUGUAAAUAUCUGCUGGAUUUGCUCCGGCUUCCAGCCAAGAAAAUAGACUGAAGGUGCUUGUCUUUUUUUUUUUUUUUUUUUUUUCUCCCUGAGGAAGCAAGUCCUGACUUGACUUGGAGAACACCCAGUUCUUGAUGAAAUCAUGGGGAGAGGGCAGUAGGAUGUCUGGUGUAUUUCUCUUUCCCUUGUCUCUGUCCCUUUCUUCCACACUCUUCCCUCCCCAGCUCUUCCGCCCAGGACAUCUCCUGGGCCUGAGGCAUCAUGCUGAGGGUGGGAUCCUUUCCCCUCCCCUUUGACUCUUUCUCUCUGCUCCUAGUGGCCUUACGUGGGCGAAAGUAGUCAGUGGCUUUCACUCUGCUUGUUGGUGCUUUCAUGACAGCUGGUUGAGGGGACGGGGACCAACAAGCAGUAGUUCUUUUGUUGGCAUUGAGGUGAUGAGAUUGGGUUGGGUUUCAUUUCUCCACUGCCAGGGACCUCCAGGCUUACGCCAGGGUCCCCUUUUGUCUCCAGCACAGCCCCCACCAUGAUGGGACCGAGGCCUUGUUUCUAUACCAGCGGCAUGCCAAGAGCCAAGGGAUUUCCCCACUCAUGGCCAAAAUAGAACCUGCCAGAGUCUUCCCAUUGGUGUCCCAUGACUCAAAGCAAGCAGCCAACUAGCCACUCCCUCCAAGAUGCUUCCCUGCGGUGGAAGGUGGGGGCACUACCCGACCCCAAGGCUAGAUUCUUCUGGGGGUAGAGAGCUGUUGCAGUGGCAAAAUCCAAAGUGAACAAGUUUAGUCUCCACAGCUCCUACUUGGCAGGACCCUGGGUCCAUCCUGCCUGAGAGAGCUGAGAAGUGACCCACAUCCCAGUGAGAAGUCAGCAUAGAAAUUAAUCAACAGAAGUGGUAACUUGAGAAAACUGUGAUUUGAAUCAUAUGCUCCAUUUUAGUUCAAUGUUGAUAACAGAUGCCCUUUUAAUCUUGAGUGCCCCUUAAAUGUUUCUCUCUCUCUCUCUCUCUCUCUCUCUCUCUCUCUCUUCUUUUUAAAAGGCAGCUUCAGGGAAGAGUGAGCUGGAGUUGGUUGGGGUUUAUUUUAUUAUUAUUAUUAUUAUUAUUAUUAUUUUUUGUUUUUGUCAGUUUGUUUGCUUCUUUGUUUUUGGAUGUUUGAGUUCAGAGAAUCCUUGCAUCAGGGCCUGUCUCUGCGGGGGCUCCUGUCCAUCCGUUUCGUGCUUUUUACGGGCUAUGUCAGCAUCCUGGGUUUGGAAAGAUACAGAUCCUGCCAGUGUUCUUUCCCGAGGGCCAGGGGUCAUCACUGUAGCCAGAUUCAGUGCUGAAUUGUUUAGCAUCGGGUGGGCAUCACACACUCCCCUACUCCCCACCCAGCCCACCCUCGAAGCCCCUGUGUAGGUUGGAAGGGAGGUGCCAAGCAAUCAGAUCCCCAUAGGUACAGGUUCAAGUGCUUCAGAAGGAACACCUUCUGUUGAAAGACUUGAAGUCAGUCACACAUGGACUUGAAGGAGGGAGCCAGUGCCUGGGCAUUUGCUGACUCCUUGUGGGCUUCAACUAGGAACAGGUUUGCUUCAGAACAGUAAAAGCUUGUUCAGUGACUUCCUCUGAUGGCCCCCGUUCUCCUCUCCCACUGUGGGCAACUGGGAGGCUUUGGGCUGGGGUCCCGUAUUUCAGCUGUUACCAUAUCAGACCCAGGUUGAGCGUCAGUGUCUCAGUGGUCGAUUUUAGCAAAUGGACCUAAGGAAGGCAGCAGAGUGCAGAAGAGUCUCUUUGAGCAUGGUGAGGCCCCAGAAGCCACACCCGGGAGGGACUGCCCUUCUCCAGUGGCCUUGCUAGCCUGGAGGCCAUCAAUUCCCAGGGUGUGGGGGAGCUAGAGAGAGCACACCUAGUACUCUCACUCCCCUUGAGCUCCUCAUGACGCACAGCCUUCAUUUUCUGCCGUCUUGGAGGGUCCAGCCAAGUCUUUUUAGUGACUCUCACCCUGGGGUCGUCCUCUGGAAGGGGGCCCCUCUGGAGCAGCUAGGCUCACCCUGCCCACUGUCAAACCGCUGCGUGUAGGAAUGGCUGACGAGGAACUGUGCGAGGCCUCGGUGCCCCUUGGCUCGUCACAAAAGGGAAGGUUGGAAGGAGGUCACGGGAGGAGCCCCUGGGGACAUGUCCUGUCCCCUCCCAGAACAAGGAAUCUCUGCAGGCAGAUGGUCUGUGCUGCAGCUGGGGGCCCGCAGCCUGGGUGUGGCAGACACUCCUCUUUGGAAUGCCACCGUGGCACGGCGAGUCGGCACUCCCUCUCUUUCUCUCCGUGUCGGUGGCAUGGCAUAGGUCGCCUGUCAGCCCGGGCUUCCCUGCGUCGACAUGCCUUUGCCCUGGCUCCAGCUCAGUGCCCCAUUCGGGCUGAUAUUCUUUUGCUGGGAAGGAAAGAAGAAAGUGACAUCCCGGAGGCAGCUACAUGUGUCCAGGGAAGGGGGAGGUUGGAGGGGAGGUGCGGGACUUCCAGGGGGCCAGGCCAGCUCAGAAAAAUAUAGGCAGAAGGAAUAGAGAGUGAGCCCUGUCUACAGGCUGCGCGCGGCAUCGUGGCUUGUGUGGGAGGUGCUGGGGCGCUGCAAGUACCUGACGUGGUCUUGUAGCUCACUCUUAACCUUGGGCCCAGCCCAUGGUGAGAGGUGACCUGGGCACCCCUACAACAGCCUGCCUUGGAAGGUGGCCCCUGUGCCAGUGGGCCCGGGCUUCCCAGCUCCUGCCGAGGGCUUUCCUGGCAGGUGCCAAGGAGGUUCCCCAGCCACCUUGGCCAAGUUUCCAUAUGCCAUUUGCCAGCGUGCGGGAGCGCGCUGCGUGCGCGCGCGUGUGGGUAUCUGAGAGAGUGUUUGUGGAAGUGGACAGUUUCUUCUCAAACAGCCCCAGGAAGCGAAAGGAGGGCUUUCCCAGCCCCAGGUAGUCUUGGCCAAGGAUCUGGGCCAAUGAUAAGAGUCCGCUUAGCUGGCCAACUUUGUGGCAUCAGCUCAGAACAGAAGAGAUGGUCACGCCUGCUUGCAGCCCCCUCCCUCUUCCCAGGUGCCACAUUCCUCUGUCCUCUCGCAGGGUGGUCUGGGGUUCAGUGGGAUGGUCGGCUUCCGUCGCUGUCUGGUACCUCCAGGCUAGCUACCAGAUCACCCCAUUUUGCUGUAGCCUCGCUCAGGGUUUUGCCAUUUGUGCUUGUGUUAUGUGAAGUGGGCACAGCUCCCCACCGGUAGCAAGUUGUCGGUCUGUCUCUGCGCCCCGGGGCCGGGUGGGGCCCUGGGGCUGAGCUCAGUGGCUCGGGGGUAACAGAAAGCCCUUGAUCUCCCCCCUCCCUCGGCCAGAAGGACUUCCCUGGGUUUGUAGGCGUUGAUCCAGAGUCAUAUGUCCUCUCUGGGAGAUUGACGGGGAAGCCGGGGAGGAAUGACAGUACAGGCCAAGAUGCUGGUGCUGGUUUGCAUAGGGAGGGUGUCCCUCAGGCCCUGGCAGGAUCGGAGGCAGGCCCCAGCCUGGGGAAGGUCUUCCUACCACAUGGCCUGCCCUGCCCUGCCCUCUCUGAGGGGGUUAGAGUCCACGAGACGGAGUGAGCCGCCUUCUUCUGUAUAUAGAGCGAGCCAGUACUGUGCUCAGGAAAACCUAGUCACUUGUCGCUGCUCUGUCUGUGACGUUUUCGUACACUGGUUUGCUACUCCGGGCACGAAACAAAAACAAAACAAAGUUGUUUCAAGCAACACUGUCGUUUUGGAAACUGGCUUUUCUUUUGGUGUGCGUUUUGUAUUCUAUUCUAAGGAAUUCUUCAUUUAUCUUGGUGUUAUUGUGGUGGAGAGAAUAAGAUAGUCUCAUUUUUGCCAGGAAAUGGGCACAUGCCUCUGUCCCCGCCCCCAUCCUUCCCCAUUUGCUGUGCACUGGGCAGAUCCCUCCUGUCACGUCCCAUCCCCCCACUCCCCCACUGGCUCCCUUUAGAACCAGUCUUUGUGAGCCUCCUAGACAGCAGCAGGGGGAGUGCCCUUGCCAGGCUGGUUCUUAGGUGGCCCUGUGCCCCCACCAGUUUUCUCACCUCCCCGGGGCAUCUUGUAAUGUAUUUUCCUCUGUUUUGUAAAACCUUAUGAUUGUGCCGAAAUGGUUUCUGCAGUCACCUUUAGAAAUAAGUGGUCAUUCAUUUGUGUGCUUAGCAUUCUGAACUUUCAGUCUUAGCUUUUUCUGUUGUUGAAGAUCCCUGAGCGGUCCCCUCACCAUGGGACUUUACUGUUACAAUGUUUUCUUCAUUUACUCUGAUUAAAAGAUUUAUGAGAA